UUGCGCCUGUUUGCCUCGUCUCUUCCAUGUCUGUUUGUUUUACCUCUCUAAUUCCCCAAAGUUGGUAACGAUGUAUUGCGAGACUUCAGCUGAACUUGUUGUUGUUAAAUACGCAGAUAAACUGACUAAAACAGCAUAGUCUGGCUACGAGAUAAAGCUGCUGAGAUUUAAUUUGAAUAUGUCAUUUAUUAAAAAGCUGAUUGUAAGUGGAAGACUGCCUGGAAAAUGUCACACGUUCGCAUAGUAUGUGCACUAUAUAGGCGAGUGUAUAAAUAUGCAUGAUGCCGAGUGAAAAUAUCUAUGCUUUCUGGAACAUUGAUCUCCCCACAUAAAAUUAAACCGGAAUGCACAGUCCCCUCCCCUCUUCCCUCUUUUGCACACCACUAAUUUCAGUUAGGUGCCCUUUCCUGCCUAAGGCAGGCGUUCUUGCUCCUGCUGCCUGAGUAAUGUACGUGUACGCGGUUCUGUGUGCACAUCAGCUGGAAAUGUGGACAAGAGUAGUAUUGGGGGAAUGACCAAAAUAGCGUGUUGAUGCAUCUCUUUGGAAACAAACUGUAGUAGUUUCAAGUCCAGAGGAGUGGUAUUAUUCUUUGUGAGAUAUGUGACACAUCCUAUUUUCGGAGAGGGCUCUGUGCAGGCACCGGAGAGUCAUUGCUCAUUGUAAUCCCACAUAGUUUUGAGGACUGCAGAGGUCUGUAGUACAGGACAUUGGCCCCUCAGAGCAUCGCCUAAUGUGAUCUAUAUGGAUUGCAGCUUUUAAGUUUCAUAGGUUCUAGAAUUACAAAUUAGCUAAUUUUAAUCAAAACAUGUGAAAUGUUAUCCUGGCUGGAUAUAAAGGCUGACUGUGCUGGAUCCUCUGGGUUUGUUUUGUUUACUUUGGCUGCAGGCACACUCAGCGGUUUGGGAGAUAGUUGUUCUUCUACAGUAUAGCAGAUGUUUGUCUGAAAGGGUGAGGAAGAAACAAAAACAACAUUGUGUGAAGGAGAAAAAUUACAUAAUUUUAAACUAAUGCUUUGGUAUUAAGCACUGGCAUCAACCUUCGUGUAGAGAGUUUCUCUUUUUUCAAUCAUGCGUGCCUCCUUAAGGUUGGGAACCUCAAGAUUUCAGCUGACUUAAAAACUAAAGGCAGGUAGAAAUGGCGUUUUGAACCCAUGUAAUUUCUCACUGAGUGUGAGACAGCUGAUGGCAGAACCUUUCAUAGCCCACCUUUCAAUAUAAACCAUGCUAUGUAUGCUAUGCAUUUUUAGUAGGACAGUUGGCUGCUAUCACCUAAGAAGGGGAAAGGGUGGGGGAGAAAAAAAAAAAGUGGUUUGACUUUUUGACUGGUUGAGAAAGUUUAAAUCCUGUGGUGAUCAUUUAUCCUUUUUCUUUACCGAUGAAUUAAGAUGUCUAGUUGUUCUUCAUAAACCCAAGGAAUACAAUAAUGUAACAAAUUGGUUACAGUGUGCAAGAUGUUUGCAGUGAAAUGACAGAGGGAGCACAAUGUGCCCUUGUGUAGGUUCGUAUCUGUAAUGUUCAAACAGGCGACUGUUUCCCUUCAUCUGAACUGCUUUCAUCUGGACCAGUGUAAAAUAAGCUCUGAACUUUGCAGAAAACACUAUGAAUGAGCUCCUUGGCUGGUAUGGUUAUGAUAAGGUUGAGUUGAAAGAUGGAGAAGAUAUUGAAUUCAGGAACUACUCGGCAGAUGGGGAAAGCCGCCAGCACAUUUCUGUUCUCAAAGAAAAUUCUUUGCCAAAACCAAAAUUACCUGAGGACAGUGUUAUUUCACCGUACAAUAUAAACCCAAGCUACCCAGGGCUUGCAACAGGAAAUGGACUAUCGGACUCACCAGCAGGAUCGAAGGAUCAUGGGAAUGUACCUAUUAUUGUCCCAUUAAUUCCACCACCUUUCAUAAAGCCACCAGCAGAAGAUGAUGUGUCAAAUGUACAAAUAAUGUGUGCCUGGUGCCAGAAAGUUGGAAUCAAGCGCUAUUCCCUGAGUAUGGGAAGUGAAGUGAAAUGCUUCUGCAGCGAGAAGUGCUUUGCAGCUUGCCGAAGAGCAUAUUUCAAGAGAAACAAGGCUAGAGAUGAAGAUGGACAUGCUGAAAAUUUUCCCCAGCAGCACUAUGCUAAGGAAACUCCAAGACUUGCCUUCAAGAAUAACUGCGAACUACUUGUAUGUGACUGGUGUAAGCACAUAAGACACACAAAAGAGUAUCUGGAUUUUGGGGACGGGGAAAGAAGGCUUCAGUUCUGCAGUGCAAAAUGUCUCAAUCAGUACAAAAUGGACAUUUUCUACAAAGAGACACAGGCCAAUCUUCCAGCUGGACUGUGCAGCACAUUACAUCCUCCAGUCGAAAAUAAAGCAGAAGGCACUGGGGUGCAGCUGCUGACUCCAGAUUCUUGGAAUAUACCACUAGCAGAUGCUCGGAGAAAAGCCCCAUCCCCAGUGUCUGCAGCUGGCCAAAUUCAAGGUCCUGGACCAUCAGCGUCUACCACUGCCUCUCCGUCUGACACUGCCAACUGCUCUGUCACUAAAAUCCCCACACCAGUUCCCAAACCUAUUCCCAUCAGUGAGAAUCCAAAUAUUCCACCAGUUUCUGUCCAGCCACCUGCCAGCAUUGUGCCUCCAAUUGGUGUCCCACCUCGCAGUCCUCCGAUGGUGAUGACAAACCGCGGGCCAGUUCCUCUGCCCAUAUUCAUGGAACAGCAAAUUAUGCAGCAAAUCCGUCCACCGUUUAUUCGUGGGCCACCUCACCAUGCCUCAAAUCCUAACAGCCCCCUGUCAAAUCCAAUGAUUCCUGGAAUUGGUCCCCCACCAGGUGGUCCCAGAAAUAUGGGUCCCACUUCUAGCCCCAUGCACAGGCCAAUGCUCUCCCCCCAUAUCCAUCCUCCCACAACACCUACCAUGCCUGGGAAUCCUCCUGGCCUGUUGCCGCCUCCCCCUCCUGGAGCUCCUUUGCCCAGUCUUCCCUUUCCCCCUGUCAGCAUGAUGCCAAAUGGUCCUAUGCCUAUGCCACAGAUGAUGAACUUUGGAUUGCCAUCCCUUGCCCCGCUGGUGCCACCCCCAACUCUACUCGUGCCAUAUCCUGUCAUUGUCCCUUUGCCCGUUCCCAUCCCCAUUCCCAUCCCCAUCCCUCACAUCAAUGACUCCAAACCCCCCAAUGGCUUCUCCAGCAAUGGUGAAAGCUUCAUUCCGAGUACCUCCAGCGAGACGCCUGGGGCAAAGCCAACCAAUAGCUCUUCAUCUCCUCGAGAGUCAAAGCAAGGAUCGUCUAAAUCCUCUGACUCAUCGCCGAGCUGCUCAGGCCAGUCCCUUAAUCAAGCUCAAGUGCUUCAGGAGCACAGUAAAAAUGAAGUUGUUGACUUGACUGUCAGACCUAGUAGUCCAGUGAACAGUAAGUUUGGUUUCCCCAGUGUGCUACAGGGUCCACAGGACGGUGUGAUAGACCUAACAGUAGGCCACCGGUCUAGGCUGCACAAUGUUAUCCACAGGGCUUUACACGCCCAAGUGAAAGUUGAACGUGAACCUAACAGUGUUGUAAAUUUGGCUUUUGGUAGCUCAGACAAAAGGAACUGCAGUGACUGCAGGGACAACUGCAGCCCAGUUGACUCAAAAACAUUACCGUGCAGUGACGGAGCUCACUGCUGUCCCGUCUCCUUGGCCUCUGGCACGCCAGGACUGGAAGCUGGUGCAGCGGUGUGCAACGUCAUUGUGAAUGGCACAAAGAGCACAGAGGGUUCCAAGAACCUGGAGCUGCCCCAGGAGCCAAAAAAACCCCAGCCCCCAGAGGAGCUGGUGGUGAGCGAGCUGGAGUCUGUUAAGGAGAACAACUGUGCAUCAAACUGCCUCCUCGAGGGAGACGCUGGCAAGAAGACUGGGGAAGAGCCCCUUGCUGGGGGAGACAAACAGGACCCGAACCUUAACAAUCCAGCAGAUGAGGACCAUGCAUAUGCUUUGCGGAUGCUGCCCAAGACAGGUUGUGUGAUCCAGCCUGUGCCAAAACCAGCAGAAAAGACUGCUAUUGCACCGUGCAUUAUCUCAACGCCAAUACUCAGCACAGGGCCAGAGGAUCUGGAGCCACCAUUGAAAAGGAGGUGUCUCCGAAUUCGAAAUCAGAAUAAGUAAAGGAGCGCUUGCUGACAGGGUACCUUGCAUGGAGAAAGGGAGCAGAGCAAACCACGUCACUCCACCGAAUGACACCAGCUGGUCCGCUCACCACCCCCUCUGGCUAAAAGUCCAGCAAAGAAAGCAGCUUCCUGUCAUGAAGCCCCGAGGAGGAAGCCUCGGUCCCACGGGUGCCUUUGACCCAGAAGACAGCACAUCAUGGACCCACACAGUGUGCUCAGCAUUCCUGCGACCAUCCCCUCUUCUCCUCUUGGAACGCUUUUUCCUCUUGGUGUCUUGCUGGGGGGGAUUUUUCACCCGGGUUUCAAAAACCACACGGACCAACAUAGGUACUUUUCCCUCACUGACUUCGAAGUUCAGACAUUUGAGACUGGACAAUGAUAUGGAUUUUUUUCUUUUUUUUUUUUUUUUUUUUCCUUUGAAAAACUGCUGUGGUUUUGCUGCUACACUAAGAAUCGUGAUUUGCAUUGUAUGGUUUUGGACCUAUUCAAGUUUUGAUGGGGGAAAGGGGUAAUACUGGAGUAGCAACACUUCAGAGUCAUCUCUGUCCUACCCAUGAUGCACUUUUAAAUGAAGAGUUAGAAUAUUUUAUUGGCUAAUAUGCUUUCCUUGUUAUUUUUACAAAGGCCACCUUUAUCCUUUCUAAUGCCAUAUUUUCAGUGUUACACUUUUAUGGCUUUUAAUUUUUGAUUUGACAGAUGUAAGAAGCAGCAUGAAUAGUUUAUACUGUGGUUUUUCAGAGACUGAAUGCCAAGAGAACUCAGUAAAUGUUUAUUCUUCUCAGCUUUCUCUUUAAAUUCCCCUAAAUAGCGCCCCAUUUGGGAACAGAGCAAGAGUGUUGAACUAAAGACCAAAAUUCCCUCAAGGUGUAAAAUAAUCUGAGGGGAAUAUUUGCUGGGCGUCACGAAAGACUUGGAUGAAAUUUCAACCCUGAUGGUUUUCAGUGAUCCAGGAAGGCAGUGAGACAAUCUCUCCAUAUGCAUAGCCCUUUCAUGAUAAUUAGAAUGGUAUGGACAAACCAAUGAAAACAAGGGUAAAGUGAGAAAGAUCCCCCAUGAUUCUGUUUCACUGUUUGCUUUCUCCUGUCAUGGUUAAGAGAAAUGUGCAAUUUGAUCCUCAAUCAGUGGGUGGAGGAUAACAGGGUAGAAUUUACUUGUGUGCACUUGUACAGUUGUAGCCAAGAGUCCAAAAGUACACUAGAGCAUGUUAUACUGGCACUGAAUUGGUAAGAGAGUCGUGGAGUAUCCCAUUCUAACAAAUAAAAAAAAAAAAAAAAAAAAAAAAAA